AUGGAUUUGAUUCAAGAGGUAACAAGUUUUACUGAAAAUGCAGGUGAACGAACCACGUGCUCAGAGUUCAAUAACAAUCCACGAAGGCUCACGUCUUAUGACAAUCAUAACUCUCAUGGUUCUCUUUUGCUAAAUGCUCCUAAUGAUGCAGCCACCAUGGGCGCUACCUUAGCUGGACAGAAUGAUCAUCGCACUCAUGUUCACGCAGAAGAAAGUGUCUCCAACAAUAAUGACACCAAUGCUGGAAAUAUGAAUGCAGCUACAACAAGUGCAACUACAUUACAGGGGCUGAAUGGUGUUACGGCCCAUAAUCAAGGAGAAGGAAAUUUGUCAAACAAUGAUGACACAUGUGAUAGAGCUGAAAAUACGAAUCUGCAAGUUCAUCAUGAGGAAGAAAUAAAAGCUCUUCAUGAUAAUAACGCAUGGGAUCUGGUUCCACAUUCCAAGGACAUGCAUGUUAUAGGCAGCAAGUGGGUCUUCAAAACUAAACUCCAAAGUGAUGGAGCAGUCGAACGCCUCAAGCAAAAUUCUGUUGCUCGCUCAAGUACAGAAGCAGAAUAUAGAUCUAUGGCAUCUGCCACCGCUGAACUCAUCUGGCUCACCUACAUAUUGCGGGAUAUUGAGAUUUAUAUUUUGCAACCUCCAACACUAUAUUGUGACAAUAUCUCAACCUUUCAAGUCUCCAUCAAACCAGCGUUACAUUCAAGAAUGAAGCACAUCGACAUUGAUUACCAUUCUGUUCGUGAGAAAGUUGCGAUUGGCUCUCUCGUCACCAAAUACAUUCCUUCCCUUAAGCAAAUUGCUGACAUAUUUACCAAACCAUUGCCUAGACUUCAACUUGAAAAUUUAUGCAACAAACUUGGCAUAUGGAUUGCAUCCACCACCAGUUUGAGGGGCAAUGUUAACAAUAUGGCAAUAAUCAAAUCUAUGGAAAGUAUUGACGAUAAUGAAGUUGCCGAAAUCACCGCCGAGCAUGUUGGCUUAGAUGAAACCGCUGUUGCUGAAAUCAAGGAGAUAGAUACUGUAACCUCAAGGCUGAAAUCAAGGAGAUAA